AGCAUCAUACAUAUUAGGAGAAAACACUCGAAGAGUAUUAACUUGAUUUAAACGUCAUUUCAACAUAUACAUUACAAUGGCCAUUUGGCUGAAAUAUAUAGGGCCAUAGAGGAACAGGGAGAAACAUUACUUUUACUGAUGAAGAAAAACUAUGAAAAAUUGAAGAGUAUUUGUCAUGCUUUUAUUAUUCCAAAAAGUGAUUUUAAUAGAGUAGCAUUAGUCUUCAAGAAUCCUUUCCAUAUUUCCCUAGGGGAGUAAAACUUGGCUUAUUUUAUAUGGUGUAUUUUGUAAGAAUUUAAUAAAUAUAGUGGGCUAUAAAUAUAAGGGUGUGUUCAGCAACACAUGUGAAGGUUUGUGGUGUAGAGCCAAGCUUGGGUAUAUCAAUAUCCCAUGACGUGUGGGUCAAAUUUUGUUGAUACUUCAUAGGCUACACAUGUAAACAUUUUUAUGAUGGGUCAACAUGUAAGGUUCAAAGAUGUCUUAUUUUUACAUUUUCCUUAUAUAUUAACUUGUUUGUGUACCAUGCAACUUUUAUAUGAUAUAUAGUUGACUUUGUGUCCCUGGGUCAUUUUAGAGGCUUAAAGAGUUGCUUUGAGAAAGUUCAGGACACCGGAUUUUUUGGAGACCAGAUAGAGCAAGAGGCUGAAAAACACAAAGGGCAAGGAGCGCCAAUGGAUAUAUUUCAGGCACUAGAUGCUAAGCUAGGAAGGUCACAUGCAAGGUCAUACCAUGACUCUAAUCAUUCACUUCUCAACAGGUGAUUAAGAUGCAAAUUCAUGCAGAACCAACAUUUUGCAGAAGAAACCAGAGGGUCUUUCUUUGCCCAAACAUCAUUUUCCUCUCUUCAAUGUCAAUAGAAAUCCCUAGAUUAGACAUUAGAUUGUCGAAUUCAAAACUCUUUUAAGUUGAAACUCUUAAACUUUGAAGAUAAAUCAUUUACUCCAUCCCAAAAUAUUCCAAUAUGAAAAUGGCACGGAGAUCAAGAGAGGAGAAAAUUAUAUAAAUGUUCGAGCUUACUUUUUGGGUUUGGUAAGAGCGAAGUCAAUGCUAGUAAAUAUGCACGUCAUUGAGGGUAAAAGUGUAGUCUUAUUUAAAACAUGUAAAAGGUGCAUCCUAAAAGAGGAAAUGGGAAGUUGAUAUUGGGACUAACAAAAAAGGAAAGUGUGAAGUUAAUUUUGGGGCGAGGAAGUAUUAUUUAAGUUAUUUUCUUUGAUCUCACCCUCUCUUGACUAUACCAAAUUUGAUUAUUUCUACACAUGCUAAUCUUUCCAUUGUAUGGGUAGAUAACUUAGGGCUAGGGACCAGGGUCUAGGAUUUUUUGCUUUAUGUAAUUGAGAAUUUGCAGGUUGAAAAUUUGCCUUCUUGUUCUAAGGAUUAUGUGCACAAAAUCUCUUGAUUGUUAUUGUAUGUAUUUUUUGGCUAAUCUGUACACAACUUCCACAAGGCAAUCUAAUGAUAGGUUGAGUACACAUUUUCUACACUUGCACAGACUUCUACACAUUAAAAGUUGAGAACAUGGUGUAGAUAAGUAGCUUUUGAGAUUUUAUUAUCAUUAGUAUGUGAUCUUGUACUAAUAAUAUAUAAGAGUGCAUGUGUGAGUCUCCUUACCGUGAGGGUGACACAAAAGAUGCCAUAGCACACCACUCUUUCACUAACACUAUGUUUGGUUCAAGGAAUUUGGUUUUUAAUAUUGCUUCCAAUCUGGUAUCUUGUGUUCGAUCGCAUAUCAUGUAAAAACUUGGAAUCAUGAAUCUCUGUUGAAUCACAUGUUUACUGAUACUAGAUUUCCUAUUCGAAACAGACAAAUCUAAGAAUUUGUGUGAGCUAGUGUAAAGUUUAAGUUUGCAGAUAGUGCUUAACCUAUAGAUUAGUCCCUUCUCACAUGCCACGCCUAGAAGAUGAUAUAGUUGGUGCUUGGUCCCUACUACACAACAGUUGCAACUUUAUUAGCACCUAGUAACACAACACAAAUUAGAAAAUGGCCAAUCUCAAACCUAGGAUCUUUUACUCAUCCUGAUACCAUAGCAAAUUAUAUGUUGCACAUAAAUAAUUUAACAAUUUAAUGCUGACAGAUGUUACUUUAUGGUUUUUCAAAUGUAAAUGUAUCAUUUUCUUAAGAUUCAUACAUAUCUAUGAAGCAAGAAACUUUUCACCUGUAUGACUAUUGGAACUAAUGGGUAUAUGGUUUGUCAGAUUCUCGGGGCUCAAGUUUAGACAUGCUUCCCAUACACCGCCUGCAGUAGAGCAACACUACAGUUUGUGGAAUUCCAAUAUACAUACUUGAAUCUGAAGUCAAAGUCAGGAUAUGCAGUUACCAAGUUACAAAAGUUGGCCAAUGUGCGGUCACUUGAGAAGAUGAAAAACUUUGUACAGAGAAUCAAAACAUAUGGUUUGGUCAGAUAUACAAAAUGGAAAUUUUAUGGCAAAAUAGAAGAUUCGUAAAUUCAAAAACCUUAAUGAAUUACAGUUGAAUUCUUCAAUCCUUGAUUCUUAACGGAGAAGUAUGCCUGCUCCAGUGUAUGUUCCCUUGCUCGUGGCUGAGUGAGACAAAAUGUCCAUGACAAGUUCUCAAUUAGGUUCGUUCAGCAAUAAUAUUUUAUGAAUAACUGCGGAGUAAAAAUACUUAAAUAGGUGUAGCCUUACAAGAAGAGUUUAGGCGUGUAGCCUUACAAGAAGAGUACUACCCUUGACUGUACUAGAUACCCACAAAAGGAUAGUGCAACUGCAGUUCUUUCUAGUCGAGAUAUACCUUUGAAGCUGAACUGCUGAAGGAAAAUUUUUAAAGAACGGUGAUUCAACAGCCAGUCAUAUGUGGUAUAGAAUGUUGUGCUGCUAAAUGGUGUCAUGUUAUGAAAAUGAAAGUAAUUGAAAUGUGUAUAUUAGGAUGGAUGUGUGAGCACACUAGAACAGAUAAAAUAAGAAACGAAAUCAUAGAAAAACGUAGAGGUGGAAACUAUUGAAGAAAAAUUGACUAAUUCAGUGAGAAUCGUAUACAGUGGUUUGGACACAUGCAAGAUGUUAGAGUGUCAUCCCACAUCGGAAGUUCAAGAGUAAAGUAAUUGGUAUAUAAGCUCUUGAGUUGAACUAACUAAUCGAUUGGAUUCAAUCUUUUAAUGUGGUUCAACCCAAGUGUUUUAUUGCUCAAUCCAGUGAUCCCUAUCCCAUCUUAAAUUCUAUCACAAGAAGACCUAGAGAGUAGAGAUGCACCGGUUAGAAGACUUGAGGGGUUAACAAAUGAAUUAUGCAAAAGAGGAAAGGGGACCCAAAAAUACGUGAGAGGAUAUUAUUAGGAGGGAUUUGUCUUAUCUGAAUAUGGACAAGAGUACGGUAAUACAUAGAAACAAUGGUGAGAUAACAUUUCUAUGUAUAAUCAAACAUGAUUCAUUUCUUGGUUCAGGUAGCCUACAAGUGACUUGGGAUAUAAGGCUUUGUUGUUGACUUGUUGUUGUUAAGGUCCAAUAAUUGGAAAGGACUCCAAAAUCAAAUUAGGCAUGGGUGUCAUUAGUUAGACGUUUCGCAUCUCUAAAUACUAUUAAUUCAACCCUUCAGAUUCAAUGUCUGCUCCCUAAACUUGCAAUCUACCCUUAAACCAACUGUGUGAGUCGUCAAUCAAAACUACGUCACCCGCAAAUAGCAUACAUCCGUAACAAGUGCUCCUAGAUAUGCCGCAUUUAUUCAUCCAUCAUUAAGGCAAAUAAAGAUGGGCUAAGGUUUUAUCUUUAGUCCAAUCCCAUGUCCUCAUCAGGACGAGAAAGUCCUAAAAUCCCCUUCCAUUGUCGUAACUCAAGUCUUAAUGCCCUUAUACAUGUCCCUAAUUGUUGUUAUGUAAGCCACAAGCACACCUCUCAUAUUCAAACAUCUCCAAAGGACACCCUUGGGACUUCAUCAUGCGCGUUUUCAAGGUCAAUGAACAUCAUGUGUGUAAGUCUCGCUUUGUAUCCCUAUGUUACUUUUUUUAACCUCAUGACAAGAUGAACAACUUUUAUUGUUGGCUGACUCGAGAAAUAUUUGAACCGGUUCAUUGACUUACACAGAUCCCUUGUCAUCCCAGAUCUUCAUUGUGUGACUUAACAAUUCGAUACACUAUAGUUGUGCUUUUGAACAUCACCCUUAUUCUUAUACAUUGGGAGUCGGGACCAUUGUAUGACACUUCCACUCCUCUGGCAUUGUAGUCGUUUUGAACAUGACAAUAUGACAUUAAACAAGUAGCCGGUCAGGCGGUCACUCUAUUUUUGUCUCUCCCAAGUCCUUCCAACAGUGAGCUGGAUUUCAUCUACACAAAUGCUUUUCCCCUCUUCAAGUUACAAAUAGCCCCCUAACCUCUGUAGUCUUUAAGUGCCUAAAAUAAUCAACCCCCUCUAACUUUCAAACACUGCCCAACUCCCCCUAGCACAAUAUCCCCUCCUUUAUUCAAGUGUUCAUGGAAAUGUGUCUGCCAUCUUCGUCUAAUACAAGCAUCUGCAACCACAGUACACCAUUUUUAUUUUUUUUUACCUUAAUGCACUUCACUUGGUCCAGAUCACACAUUUUUCUCUCUUGCCUCAGCAAGCCUAUACAACUUUCUGUCUUCCCUGUUGCAAUCAAUCUCUUCAUACAAGUGCUCAAAAGAAUCUUUUUGGCCGCAAAGACUACUAGUUGUGCUUGACUUCUUAAUACCUCUCAUUUUUUCUCCCUUCUCCACCCAGUAUAUGCUAUCCACUAGCACAAAAUACACGACAUUCUUAGCUUCCACUUUCCCUUGCUCCUUUUUAUUCUACCACAAGGCCUCUAGGCGUUUGCAGGCCUACCCCAACAUACCAUUUGCACUACUCUUCCAAGCCCUCAUAUCCACCAACUUCAGACUCGUUUCUUGAACUUUUGCCACAUUCAAGACUCCCCAUGCCAUCAUACCAAAAUUCACUCACAACCAACGUAAAAGAUAAACUGGUGGGCAAGUACAACAACAAAGCCUCGAUCCCAAUUCAAUGGCAGGCCAGUGUUUGAACCAAUUUUAUGUGAACUCACAUUCUUCUAUUUCCAAAUUAUAUCAUAAGUGGGUAUGAUUAAUUAAUCAUUUCCGAAACACAUAUGUAAACGGUCUAGCAGGUCAAUCUUCCAAAUUCGUAUAUCUAUUCAGUCUUAAAUUUCUACCUCCAGUAAGGUCAUUGUUCACAUUCAUAGCACUCCUGCCAUAAUUCAUAUGGAGAAGAGAUUUAAUGCCCUGUUUGGUUAAGUUUUGUGGGUAUCAGUAUUUGGAUGAGAAAAGCUCCAUUCAAAAAGCAAGUCCGCCUCUGUAGCCAGCAGUCCGGCACCUCCGUCCAUCCUGCUUUCCACCACCAGCCCUCCCCUGUUUUUCUGGCGUUUUCAACUCAUACUAUAUUAUGAUUUAUGCACCAAACACAGUGAGACCGGGCGCUAUGAAAAAGCUAAACAUGCAAGGAAUAUUAUAAUUUCCAGGCAGAAAUGAUUCAUUCUUACAGAAUACUAAAACUAAAACACAGGUGAUGGCGAUGACGUUGAUAACAACAAAAGAACUGCAACAAGGGCAUCCACAAUGAACAAAUUAACAAUAACAGCGUUAGAAACAAUCAUACCAUAUUAUGAUUUAUGCACCAAACACAGUGAGACCGGGCGCUAUGAAAAAGCUAAACAUGCAAGGAAUAUUAUAAUUUCCAGGCAGAAAUGAUUCAUUCUUACAGAAUACUAAAACUAAAACACAGGUGAUGGCGAUGACGUUGAUAACAACAAAAGAACUGCAACAAAGGCAUCCACAAUGAACAAAUUAACAAUAAUAGCGUUAGAAACAAUCGACGCAGAAAAAUUAACAAAGGGGAAACGGAAUGAUGGGAGAGUUACAUAUAUCACAAUGAUCGGAGAUGUGAUCGGAGACGAAAUUACCGAGAUAGAGCGAUGAAGGAUCGACUCGGGCGGUUUGAGAAAUGAAUCCCCUAUAUUGCGUGCGGACGUGGAGGUGGAAUUAUU